AUGUCUGAUCAGAGUGAUAGCAAAAACAAGUCAGAAGAGCAAGUGAACAUGAGUGAGCGCACUAGUCCCUCUAGCAGCUAUGAUGAGGGCAGCAGGAGUACCCCAAGCAAUUUGCCCAAAGCAGCUACAAGGACAAGGAAGAAGAGAAUCUCAGACUCAGAGGAUGAGGAAUAUGUGGCUGCUGAGGAGGAAGUGAGCUGCAAAAACAAAGUGCUGAAGAAGGAAUAUGGAGAUGCUGCUGCAACAAAACCUGGUAUGCUCAAGAAGGCACCUGCCAAGAGAGUUCCUGUGUCAAAGGCCAGAGCCUCCACUCUUGACACUUCCAAAUCAACUGGAGGAGAGGCUGCUGGCGAGGGCAAGAAGAAGGAAAGGAAAAGAGGAAGAUGGUGCAAGAAGGUGGAUCCAAUGGCAGAAUUUGAAAAGCACUCUUCUGAUGAAGAUGAAGAAGACGAAGAGGAUGCUGCUCCAGCACCCAAGUCACAAAAGCUGAUGGGAGAUGCCAUCAAGUCUAGGGUUGCCCCUUCUAAGCCCAAGACAACUCCCAAAGCUUUUGCUCAAGCUCCAAAGACUUCAAAACCCAAGAGGAGCACAAGAAAUGUUGCAGCUGCUGGGAAGAACAAGGCCCAGUGCCUCAGAUUGAAGAAGAAGAUGCUGAAGCCCAAGUGA